AUGUGGCGACAUUACAAUCUGCAACGCUUCAGUCGUUACGUGCCAAAUAUGGACUGGGACGCUCAGGAUCGCACGCAUGGGAUGACGAUGUUAGGGCAGCAUCUCCUGAGCAGUCAAGAACCAAUCUCAACGUCCUCGGAAAGUCGUGGCGACCAGAUCACGGAGAUCGUACGGAAGACGCUGAAUGUUGCCACGAAUGACCUAUCCGAUGACACACCGCUAACAGCAUACGGCAUUGACUCGCUGUCGGCGGCAAGACUGUCACUUUUGCUCCGUCCAUACGUCGAAGUGUCUCAGCUGCAGCUGUUGGCCAACGUGGCAGUAGGUGACCUAGUGCGUCGCGCGUCACAAGCACCUGCCCAAAAUUCCUCCUCCGGCAUCGCAGGAACAGGACCACAGAAAGAGCAAGUCAUGCAAGAUCUCGUUGCUCAGUAUGCCCCUAACGCACAUAGCUCCGUGGUCCCGAGGAGCGCCACAGUGAAGUCUCAGGGACAGACAUUUAUAGUGACUGGGACGACAGGCUCACUAGGGUGCCACAUACUGUCUCAUCUUCUCUGCCGAGAUGAGGUGAAAUUGGUGUAUGCCCUCAAUAGAAAGUCGGCUGGUGAAACUUCCAUUCAGGAACGGCAAGCAGCGGCAUUCCUUAAUCAAGGCCUUGCCAAGUCUCUUGUAACGUCUCCAAAGCUCGUGCUGGUGGAGUGCGACCUGUCCGCUUCCGACUUCGGUCUUGAGGGUCCCACAAUCGACGAGCUUUUAUCUUCUGUCACGCAUAUCGUACAUAACGCCUGGACUGUCGAUCUGUACUCCCCAUUGGAACGGUUCGAGAGCCUACUGGAUGGGACACGCAGACUACUUGAGUUGGCAAGUCGCAGCAGGCUACCUACUCCGCCGUCCAUGUUAUUUGUCAGCACGGUGGCUGUCUAUCAAGACUACGACCCCACACUUCCAGCCCCUGAAGAACCUGUUCUCUCGCCCGAGGUUGCUGUCCAAAGCGGCUAUACAGAAUCCAAAUGGAUAGCAGAGCGCCUCGUCCAAACGGCAGCCCAGUCGCUUUCCCUGAACGCUAGCGUGAUACGGGUCGGUUUGUUGACCGGUAGCGUGAAUGGCUCGUGGGAUACCAAUCAUUGGUUCCCUGCGUUGGUACAAUCUGCAGAGUAUCUUGGCUGUCUCCCUGAAGGACAGGAGGUGGGAGCGCCGCACACAUGCCACUGCAUCGUAUCGUGGAUACCUGUGGAUCUCGCCGCCGCUACUAUCGUCGAUCUAUGCGACAUUGCAGCGGAUACGCUACACCUUGUCCACCCACAACCGGUCAGAUGGAACGCCAUCAUGGAGCCACUUGCGUCAAAACUCAAUGUCCCUCUCGUCCCGUACGUUGAAUGGCUUGCUCGCCUUGAGAGUCUGGCAGAAGAUGGAGAUGUGCAUGCCACGCAUGCGGGCAAAAACGACAAGGCAGCGCUACGUCUUCUAUAUGUCUACCGAAAGGCCUUGGCGAUGCCAGAGCGACUGGAGGAGAGUAUGGGUUUAAUGCCACGAGUUGCCAUGGGUAAAGCUGUACGUAUGUCGCGUACUCUUCGGGAAGGGAGCGCACAGCAGCUGGGACCGGAAGACGUAGACAGGUGGCUCUCAUAUUGGCGAGUUACGGGAUUCAUACGCAGCAGCUGA